AUUAGGAUUAUACUUCAGAACAGUCACUCUGACUGUAGCAUUGGCUGUGAAGUUCUCAUCUGAUGCCCAUACCAUGAACUCAAGAGGAGUUAAUAAGUUACAAUGAAAAAGAGACGACUUUGCAGCUUGCAGUCAUAAAAUCCGGUCAAGGUCAUCAAGAUGGAGGAGAAUCUCUUCGGCCGGCUUGACCAAGAUGAUUCUUUCAAGGAAUUCCUGCAUGAACAAUUUGAUGUGAAGACGUAUGCCAACCAGGCUAUACAAGCAGGAGUGGGAAUAACACAACAGCUGGGAAAGUUGGCAGAGGGAAUAAGUCUGCUCGAUAGAGAACUACAUUCACAGGUUGUGGCUCACCAUGAAGACUUGUUAUCUCAAGCAACAGGAGUUGAGACUUUGGAAGGAGUUUUGCAGAUGAUGCAGACACGGAUUCAAUCCCUGCUUUCUGCUGUAGAGAGGAUACGGGGCAAGGUGGUGGAACCAUACACUAAAAUCAUCACUAGGACGUCACAGUUGCGGAGACUACAGGAGACGUGUGAUUUACUGCGCAGGAUCAUCAGAAUUUUGUAUCUGAGUAAACGUCUGCAUGGUCAGCUGCAAGGAGGUGCCAGAGAAAUUACCAAGGCAGCACAGAGCCUCAAUGAAUUAGAUUAUCUCUCUGAGGGUGUAGAUCUCUCUGGCAUAGAUGUGGUGGAGUCUGACAGGAGGUUUAUCAAGCAAGCCAGGAAGGAAGUGGAGGCGCAAGCUCAGAAGAUGUUAGAGCAGGGAAUGGAGACACAGAACCAGACCCAGGUAGCUACUAGUUUACAAGUGUUCCAUAAUCUUGGUUCUCUACACCACACAGUUACCAAGGUGAUAGAGGAUUGUAAGAUGAACCUGCAGAACAACAUCAAGAUGGCAGUGGAUGUCAGCGCUCUGUCACAGCAACAGACACAUGGAAAAGCUGGAGGGCCUGGUAAAGCAGCUAUCCCUGCCACAGGAAACACAGCCAUGUUCAGGGCCAAUCUGUGGACAAACAUGGAGAAGUUGAUGGACAAUAUAUACUCAGCUUGUGCCCAGGUGCAGCAUUUACAGAAAGUUCUUGUAAAGAAGAAGGACCCUGUGACGCAUGUCUGCUUUAUUGAUGAGCUAUCAAAGGAAGGUCCAGUCAAUAUAAUGCAGUCGUUCUGGGUCAUGGUGACCUGUAUGCUGAAAGAAGAAUUCACCAGUGCCUCAAAUGCCUCCACCUUCCUAAAGCAGGCAUUUGAAGGGGAGUAUCCUAAACUCCUGCGACUGUACAAUGAGCUGUGGAAGAGGCUCCAGCAGUUCAGCGCUAAUAUGAAUGUGACCAGCAGCGCACCUGACGUCCCCAUGAGGACAGCGCUAGAGGAAGAUAUGUUCAGUGAGAAGGCGAAGGAAGAGACUGAAUUCAAUCCUGAGCACUCCCUGAGGGAGUCGCUGUCGACCUUUGAGACGGCCUACAUCUCAAGAUCACUUUCACGGCUGUUUGAUCCCAUCAACCUGGUCUUCUCUGGCAGCACUUUCUACCCUCCCACUGCUGAAGAAGUGGACAGCAUCGUCAAAACUAUAUCAAGUGAGUUAAAUGUGGCCAGUGUGGACAAUGGACUGAGUGUUACCAUAGCAAGGAAUGUGGCCAAAACUGUCAAGUUGUUUGCCGUGAAAUGUGAACAGCUGGAAGGUCCAGUCAAUAUAAUGCAGUCGUUCUGGGUCAUGGUGACCUGUAUGCUGAAAGAAGAAUUCACCAGUGCCUCAAAUGCCUCCACCUUCCUAAAGCAGGCAUUUGAAGGGGAGUAUCCUAAACUCCUGCGACUGUACAAUGAGCUGUGGAAGAGGCUCCAGCAGUUCAGCGCUAAUAUGAAUGUGACCAGCAGCGCACCUGACGUCCCCAUGAGGACAGCGCUAGAGGAAGAUAUGUUCAGUGAGAAGGCGAAGGAAGAGACUGAAUUCAAUCCUGAGCACGCCCUGAGGGAGUCGCUGUCGACCUUUGAGACCGCCUACAUCUCAAGAUCACUUUCACGGCUGUUUGAUCCCAUCAACCUGGUCUUCUCUGGCAGCACUUUCUACCCUCCCACUGCUGAAGAAGUGGACAGCAUCGUCAAAACUAUAUCAAGUGAGUUAAAUGUGGCCAGUGUGGACAAUGGACUGAGUGUUACCAUAGCAAGGAAUGUGGCCAAAACUGUCAAGUUGUUUGCCGUGAAAUGUGAACAGCUGGUAUGUACUGAUGGUGAAGCUAGCCAGGUGAUAAGUCCUAGCACAGAGGGACAGGGAAGAAAUGCUGCAGUUGUCAACACUUUGUUCCAGCUCCAUGUGGCAGUGUCCAAGGUAAAACAGUCAUAUAUAGCUUUUAAUAUAGUACCCUAUAGUACUGCCUUACACUUUCUGUUUGCCAGAGGUCCUCAGGAAUUAUGUAGUCCACAUCAGGCAGCAAACUGGUCCAUUAGUAGAUAUAGUCAGUGGUUAGAUGAUCACCCAGCAGAGAAAGAAAGGUUGGCACUGUUAAAGGGCACACUGGAGUCCUAUGUGCAGACUGUGCGUGUCAGAGAGGGAAAGGAGUUUGCUGCUGUGUACCCAGUUAUGUUAGACUUACUACAGAGAGGUAUGCAGACUUGUUCUUAGUGAAGAUAUCAGCUGACAAGGAGACAUAGCAAUGGAGUUUAUAUAUUCCAUGAGCUUUUUCCAGUGAGGUGUAAUUAUUUCAUUGACUUGGGGGUUUGUUCACUUUAACUGAAACUGUGACAGUGGUUGAGGAUGAGAACCCCCACAACUUGCUACUAUUUUGAUAUUAAAAUAUGAACAUGUAACAGCCUCAGAUAAGAUGAAUUGAGUAUUGUAUUGUGGGUAUAAAUUAUGAAAUUUAUUACAUAAAAAAGAAAUUUUAAUCAAAGCACUCAAAAACUUAAUGGUGGUUAUUUGGGGUGUUCUGAGGUUGUAAAUAGUGGUUUUAAAACUAUGGUAAAUUGGACUGUACAUAUUAAGAGGUGAAUAUUUUCAUUUAGGAACAA